CGAGGAGGAAGAGGAGGCCGGGGCCGGGGCUGGUUCUGCUGGGCCGCGGUCAUGAGGGCGCCGUCGCCCUUCUCCUUCCGCUGAGCCGGAGGUCGGCGCCCGGCGGGUGGCAGCGCUCAGGACGGAGGGCCCCGGGGAGAAGCAGCGCUGGCGGCGGCGGCGGCAAAGGCGGAGGAGCCGGGGCCCGGAUGUCCCCCGGAGGAGGAGGAGGAGCAGCAGCGUCGGCAGCAGCAGGGUCCCUGGGGCCGAGCAGCAGCAGGAGGAGGAAGGGGCGGCGCUGUCGGCCAUGGAGCCCCCCGGGCAGGUCAAGGACCGCAUCCUGGAGAACAUCUCCCUCUCCGUCAAGAAGGGGCUGCCUUUUAAGUAGUGCUGCUUUACGUGGUUCUUCUUUCCCCUCCCAACAACCCUGCAAGUUGCAGAGUUAUUUUGCUGCCUGUGAGGAUGAGACUCCGGCCAUCAGGAACCAUGACACUGUCCUCCAGCGACUAUGCGAGCACCUUGACCAUGCGCUUCUCUAUGGGCUGCAAGAUCUCCCUUCAGGCUACUGGGUCUUGGUGGUCCACUUCACCCGCCGUGAAGCCAUUGAGCAGAUAGAAGUGCUGGAACAUGUGGCCACAAACCUGGGCCGCAGCCGAGCAUGGCUGUACCUGGCCCUCAAUGAGAACUCUUUGGAGAGCUACCUACGGCUUUUCCAGGAAAAUUUGAGUCUGCUGCACAAGUACUAUGUUAAGAACGCUCUUGUCUGCAGCCAUGAUCACUUGACCCUCUUCCUUACGCUAGUCUCUGGCCUGGAGUUUAUCCGUUUCGACUUGGAUCUGGAUGCUCCUUACCUGGACUUGGCGCCUUACAUGCCUGACUACUACAAGCCUCAGUACUUGUUGGACUUUGAGGACCGCCUACCUAGCUCAGUCCAUGGCUCAGACAGCCUCUCACUCAACUCCUUCAACUCCGUCACCUCAACCAACCUGGAGUGGGACGACAGCGCCAUCGCACCCUCGAGUGAGGAUUAUGAUUUUGGAGAUGUCUUUCCUGCGGUGCCGUCCAUGCCCACUGCAGCCUGGGAAGAUGGAGAUCUGACUGACACUCUCAGCUGUCCACGUUCGGUGACCUCUGAGCUGACUGCUGGCCGAGCUUCAGCCAAGAGCCCAUUGCAGCAGCGCUACAACCCUUUCAAUGGGAAGGCAGAAGCACCCUCCUCAGCCGAAACCACUCCGGUGCACUCUGCCACCCAGGAGAAGGCCGGUGGCACCACAGCGCAUGGCACGGACCAGUCUGAGAGCUGCACAGAGCUGGAGGUCAUCAGGUUGGCUAAGAAAAAGAAGACAGGCAAGAAGAAAAAGGCCAGGUCGGAGGAGGCUGCCAUCCCUGCUCCUGCGGGACCUGAAGACCCAGCAGAGGAGGGUGGCAGGAGGAACAGCCAAGCCGAGCGGCAGGACUUCGCCCCAGAGGCCAACCUGGAACUGAGCACUGAGGCCCCCGCGCUCCCCCAGCUGGCGCUGAGGAUUCCCGAAAUGAAGGACACCUCCAUGGAGCGAGUGGGGCAGACGCUGAGCAAAGUCAUCAGCUCUCUGGAUGGUCAUCUGGGGGCGGGCGGGUGGAGCCGCUCCGUCGAGCCCCCCGACCAGUCCUUUCGGACUGACACGCCAGGGGAGGCCCCCACAGAGGAGCCACCCGCUGGCGGCUUUGGCAAGGGGAUUUCGGCUCCCAUGGACUUCUACCGCUUUACCAUUGAGAGUCCAAACGCUGCUGCAGCAAGUGGUGGCCACCAUGACCCUCCAGGGAAUGGCCAACCGCCACAUGUUCCUGGUGGCCCUGAAGCUGCUGGAGAAGAGGAAGAAGGAGGAGAGGGAGAAGGAGAGACUGUUGGGCCCACCUUAGCCACCUUGCAGGAGGAGGUGGCAGAGGCCACCCCUGUGGAACCCCUCAGCAGGCUGAAGGGGGACCGGGUGAGCCCCUCCCUGAGCAGCGCCGAGGACUCUGGGGUGGAAGAGGGGCAAGGGAGCCCUUCUGAGGCAGCCCAUCCCUCUGAGUUCAGGGUAGACAAUAACCACUUGUUGCUGCUGAUGAUCCAUGUCUUCCGGGAGAAUGAGGAGCAGCUCUUCCGGAUGAUCCGGAUGAGCACAGGGCACAUGGAGGGCAUGCUGCAGCUGGUCUAUGUGCUGCUGACGGACUGCUACAUCUACCUCAUCCGCAAAGGAGCUGCCGAGAAGCCAUACAUGGUGGAGGAGGCUGUUUCCUACAACGAGCUGGAUUACAUCUCAGUGGGACUGGACCAGCAGACAGUGACAUUGGUCUGCACCAACCGCCGGAAGCAAUUCCUUCUGGACACAGCGGACGUGACCCUGACAGAGUUUUUCCUGGUGUCUCUGAAGUCAGCAAUGAUCAAAGGCUGCCGCGAGCCACCUUACCCCAGUAUCCUGACUGAUGCUACCAUGGAGAAGCUGGCACUGGCCAAAUUUGUGGCCCAGCAGUCCAAGCGGGAGAUCUCUGAGGUGGUUGUAUGCUUCUAUGGCCUCAUUCACUGGGAAGACCCUAUGGACGAAACCCUGGGACCUGCCCCUUCUCACUAUGUGUCAGCUGAGAACUCUGUCAUGAAGGAAGGCGUCUUGAACUACAAGGCGGGCACCAAUUACCUGGGCAAGGAGAUCUGGAAGUCCUGCUUUGUGGUACUCAGCAGCGGCAUCUUGUACCAGUACCCAGACCGCACAGACGUCACCCCUCUGCUCUCCAUCAACAUGGGUGGAGAGCAGUGCGGCGGGUGUCGGAGGUCGAACACGACAGAACGGCCCCACUCCUUCCAGGUGAUCUUGACUGACCGCCCUUCCCUGGAGCUGAGUGCCGAGAAUGAGGAGGAGAUGGCUGACUGGAUGCAGUACCUGUGCCAAGCCGUCUCCAAAGGGGUCGUCCCCCAAGGCGCGGUUCCUGCCCCCUGCAUUCCCUGCUGCCUGGUGGUGACCGAGCAGAAACUCUUCACCUGCCAUGAGGACUGCCAGACCAGCUUCUUCCGCUCACUGGCCACCGCUGAGCUGGCGGAUGUGGCUUCUGUCUCCACAGAGGCUGGUCGGGAAUACUGUCUUGUGGAGUUUGCCCAGGACCACAAGCAGUACUUGCCCCCUUGGGUCCUCUAUUUCAGCUGCACAGCAGAACUGGAACGGUUCCUUUCAGCCUUGGACUUAGUGUGGAAAAACACCUACCAGGUGGAGCUUUUGCACAAGCGGAUCGAGGACACCUCUGUCAGGAAGAAGUGUGAGGAUGCCUUGAGCCUGAUCCACAGCGCAUGGCAGCGGAGUGACAGCCUGUGCCGGGGCCGGGCAUCUCGGGACCCCUGGUGUUAGCCUCCCAGCAGGCAGAGAGGGAUACGAUUCUGCAGGCGGUGGAGGAGAAGCCUUGAUUUGCCUUCUGACAUGUGGAGUGGGGGUGGGUCGGGGGCUCUUGCUUCUGGAAGGAGAGGUGCCUCCCUGGCACUGGCUGGCAGGGAGCAGGCUGCCAAUGGAAAGGCCAGGGCAGGAAGGAGCUUUCCUUAGGUGCCACUGGCACCUCGGUGGAUGAGUUGCUGGGUACUGGAAGUGCCUGGCACCUGGCUGGGGACUGGCACACUUUUCUGUCAGCUGAAUGCUAAGGAGAGCAGUCAUGAGUUUCUGACUGCAGCACAUCUAGUCUCCCCCUGCAUCCUGGCAGGAGCUGAUGGCACCAGGCCUGCAUCCUGGUGUUGGUGUUGGCAAUGUGAAAGCCAGCAAGACUAUCACUUCGGGGCAGACCUCAAGGGAUGCAAGUUUCUUAUUAAUGGGGAGGGUGGCAGGGAGGUUCAGGGGGUGGGUGAAGGUAGGGGUCUCCAGAAUGCCAAAGCAGUGCCUGGAGGCCCUGCUGGUGGGCUGUUUGUUUUAAAAGAAAGCAUCAAAAUGGGACUGCUCUGGGCACCCUCCUGCAUGUGUUUCUCAUAAGGCAAGCAAUUGCCUGCCUUGCACAGCUUCACCCCCUCGGUUGCGGUACAGACCCCCACCCUCACCCCACUCCUCACCAGAGCAGCUCCUCCUGCCCUCCCUGGCCCUUGUCUUGCUGGGAAGGGAUCUCUCUCCCCACCACCCCUCCCUCUGCCCCCAACCACCACAGCGGCAAUGGACUGGGCCCAGGGUCUGGCCCCUUUUUGAUUCUGGGAGAGCAAAGGAGGGAAGGACCCUCCGCUGCUUUGCCAGAAGGUGGCCCCCUUGUCCCCAGCACGAUGCUUCCCUAUCAGAAGGUCCAUUGAGGGCCUUUCUAAUUCCCCACAGACCCCCAAAGUCAGCCCCCCACCUCUGUCUUCUUGGGUCUCUUUUCACAAAAAAGGGGUUGGGGAGCAAGAGGCAAGAUGCCCCGGGGCUGUGCUGAUCCUGCCAGGGACAACCAGGUCCCUCGGGAGGAGGAAGAGCCUGGGACCGUUUUUGUAAGGAGCAGGGCAGUGGGGCACAAUCUCUUGAAGCCUUGCUUUGCAAGAGGGAAUCUGCACAAGUUGCAGGGUAAUCAUGAUGGUGCCAGCCAUAAACAGGGUUGGGGGGCUUGGGGGGCUGUUUUUUAAGUUGCCUGGGUAGUGUUCCAUAUUUUUAAAUUCUUUAUUUUAACACAGUUAGAAAGUUGCUCAUGUACUAUAUAUAUGUUCACAUGGGGGCCUUUGUUUUAUUUUUCCCCAGGAGGUGGGGGCCUCUGUGAGGGGAUAUAUCCCUGUAUAUACAUCCGCGUCCCACCCGGUAAUAAAGCGCUUCUGGGUAAUUUGG